AUGCUGGGAAGCACAAUAAUAAACCAGCGACAACAUGUGGGACUGCAGAAGCUGUCCGCACUGGCUGCCGUUGCACACUCCACAUUAGGACCCCAUAAAAAGUACAAGUUCAUCCAAGAUGAAGCUACUGGGGAUUCAGUUCUGGCCAGUUCAUGUUUACGUAUCCUGGACAACCUGGAUGUGGCCACCUGCUCUGUCGGCCAGCUGGUUCACGAAACCAUUCGGGCGCACCACGAGAUUUAUCACACAGGUUCAGGCUGCCUUCUGUUUUUUGCCGGAGCGUGGAGUCAAACGGCAUUAUCGUGUUUGCAUCAAGGAAUUCCGGCGAUGCAUGUGGUCGCAGCCAUGAUCGAGGGGAUAGAAUUUUGUAUGGACCUUUGCAAGAAAAGUAAUAUUUCGUUCAAUAAGCUUUUUGCUUUGACGUGGAACCACGAAAAAGAGGCACUGAUGGACUCUAAAGUCUGCAGAGGAAGAAGGCAAGUAAAGCUAAGUCGCCAUUUUUACAACACAAAGACUGAAAGUAUUCCAGUUCAGGAGCCUCGGCUUCCUGACGUUGCACACUUGGCAAAUAGACUGAGUCACGGUUGUGAUGACGGAAUGCAUCUAGUCAUCCAAGCCAGUCAGAUCCAGUUGAAAGCGACCCCCAAUUCUGCCUUUGACGUGACUAAAGUGACAACUUGUAUGUUGCCUGGCCUUUCUGAGGACCUUGCUCACGUUGUCCCUGGCUGCGUCGUUCUCCUCAACGCAGAGCAGACUUCUGUGGCACAUCACAUGAAGGACAAACCGCUAAACGUCGUUUUUAUCCUUGGAGAUUUAUCGCACACCUAUCGUCAUCUCGGCUUGAAAAAACAUGCGGGUGUGAAACAUGUUAGCGACCAGUCGGGUUUGUCUGACUUGAGCAAAGAGGAAGAGUGGAUGGAAAAGGUCCUGAGGCUCCUGUUGCAACUGCAAGUGGACUUGGUAAUGGUCAGCGGGCUUGUUAAUGAGCUUGUGAUUCAACGCUGUUCUCAGCGUCGCAUACUUGUUGUUGGAAAAGUUCGAAUGUUCAUUUUAAAGGAGAUGGCAAACGCAGCCGGAGCGAUUAUGGUGACGUAUGCCACACAGUUGAGCAAACAUUGCGUCGGCAAGAAUAUCCAAGUCAGUAUAUGGAAGGAAAUCUAUUGUCAUGAGGGGACGCCGUUAACCGCUGUCAGAGUUAACGUCACCGGUUGCACGCGUUUUGUCACGGCUGUCAUCACCAGCCCCGUAAAUGGGAAGCUGCAGGCCCUGGAGGACCGCUUUUGGGCUUGUGCUUACCGUGUACACCACGCCCUGAAGGACAAAGCGGUGCUGCCUGGUGCUGGAACAGUUGAGAUGCUUUGUAUUUUACACCUGAAGAAGAAAGCUGAAGUUCAGAAUCCCAGAAAUGGGAUUUCUGCUUCUAACCCCUACAUUAGUAUUGUGUUUAACCUCCUGGCAGACAGUUUUACAGAAUACCUAUCCACUGUGAUGGCGAACUCCACUGGGAUUUCACAUGUCAACGCCAGGACUGCAUUAAACCAGAAACUACAAGACAUCAACGGCAUAUCUGCAGAGUUCUCACCACUAAUGUUGGACUCUGACGAGAGUGCUCCGUCAUAUAAGGUGGUUGACAAUUUUACUGUAAAGCAGGAAUCAUGGAGGAGGGCUUUAGAUCUAGUUUUGCUCGUUUUCCAGACCGAUGCUGAGAUUAUUACUGGUGUGGACAAAAGCAAGCAUGACAGUCAAACAGAUCUAAUGUUUUUAUGA